AUGGCGGCGUCAAGCUUUGACUACGGAUCCUACUUGGACAACUUAGACAAUGAGCCUGAUGCGCAGCACGACGGUCGUCGUCGCCGACCACCACAAACAUAUUGGCCUCCUAGGCCGGAGUGGAACUUCCCACUUGACCCAGAGAAUGUGAUGAACCGGGAGGUGAGCCUUGACUCAUAUGCCAAAAAGAAUCGUGGUACAUUGCGCCACUUCUUCAAUCACUACCCUGUGAAAAAGGAUGUCUAUCCCCCUAUGGUUCACGGGCAGCCGGAAGGUGUGGUACCCAAGACCCCUUCACCAUCCAUUCCGACAAAAUCGAAGUUGAAGUUGAAGGACAACAUGGUUCCCAAGACACCUUCUCCGUCUCAACGUUCCAACAAGAAGGACAAGAAGUUCAGCCCAAACCCUUCACCGGGUUCAGUGGGUUCAGAUUCAAUGAGUGUGUCAGCAGAUGGGUCACUUGGGCGUUCACUCUAUCAGGGUGGGGGCCGCACGCACAACCCAGAAGGGCUUCCGUUCUUGCAUGAUGAUGGUAUGGCGCCUGAUGAUGACAAUGACGUGUUCAUCAGCAGCCAAACCAGCACAAGGAUGGGUAUCAGCCCUCCCUCCGCCACUAAAAGCCCUUCGCCAAAGACAAGCUCAGUGGCUGACACGAUCCGCCGCAAGCGCACCUUUCACGAAGGGCCAGGACAAGCAUCAGAACCAGUGGCAGUGGCAGCUGAUGAUGGCAAUGGUAAGCGUCCUGCCAAGAAGUUGCUGCCUGGGGAGCCGCUCGACGACGUUCGCAUGCUCAGCCCCUCUGCGAUGGAUGAAAGGCCAAUGUUGACAGUCGCAGAUGAAGACAAUCUGCCAUUCAAGCUGCUGCAUACCCUCAAUUAUGCUGGCUUCCGAGUUCUGAUAACGCCAGAGUCAACGCAUAGCAUGUGGAAUGACUGCAAGAACUCGAUCAGACGUGCGUGUUAUCAGCAUACUUUGCUUCUAUCCUCUACGCUCUCCAACGCAGCCCAUGGGCCAUAUGGGUCCGGCAGGAACCAGCAAAGCAUACAAGAGGCUGCUUCUAGCCUAUCAAAAUCUCUGUCGACUGAGGAGUUUGAGGAGUUGGUUGACGCUAUGCUUAGGGACCGCAACCUACAUGAGACUGACGACUAUGACAUCCCUGGAAUUCCGACAGAGCCUGCUGACAUCCCAGAACUGGACUGCGUCCGACGAUUGCCCGUCUAUGUGAAAACCAAAUCAUGGUUUGCCAGUGUGGCAGUAUUACACUACAUAUGCGACAAUUGGUCAUUGAUGGGGGCUGUGUUGGACCAUGCCCUUUCUACUGAUGAUGGAGUUGACGGACCAUGGAGAGACGCAGCUACCCACCAGCAAUCCGACAGCGACGUCCAGAGCCAAGCCGCCAGUGAAGAUGCAGACGCUGAAAAUGCAGAUCCUGCUGGUGAUGGUGGUGGUAUGGGCAACCGCCCCCAGAACAAGAAAGACUUUGAGAAGUUGCGUGCCCAAUUUCAAAACACUAUGUACCUUUGUGGGCAUCUCUACAAAGACACGUCUUUGCGGGAUGACAUGCGCAUGGUUGCGUGUGCAGUGGAUCCAUACAUAGACGAAUACUCUGCCGCUUUGCAAUGCCAAAAAUCAUCACAGGAGAACAAUUGUCAAUGGCAAGCCAGACGUAGUGGUGGUGAAUGGUUUACAACCGUUCUGAAGUCCAUCGCACAAAUCCAUGAUGACUCUGUUGUGGGAAGGUUCAUUAGCUGUGAUGUGCCUAGAGGGCGUGAACGUUAUACUGUGGAUGAACCUUGGCUUCUGGAAGAGAAAACCAGGCUUCAAGAUUUCUGGACAUUGCUAUCAGAGCUUGCAGCUGCUCGCUGCUGGAGCCAGAUUUGGUAUUCGAUGUCCCUACCAAACCCUGGCGUCCUCCAUGAAAAUCGGGAUUCCGCGCAGCUGCUGCUCAACUACCAUCGCAAGAUCUGGAAUGCGGUCCUGACAGUUGAAUCAGCAGUCAAGGGCCCGAAGCUGCCGAAAGCUGUCAGAAACAUCUUGAAACAACGGUUGUUGGACAUCUCAUGCAAUGGAUCGCAACUGGCGCGUGAGUUGUUUUUGGAAUACACCAGGCUCUCAUGGGACGCCUCAAACAAAGAGCUCUUGCACAUGACCCAACAGGUGUUUGGAGGGCCUUGUCAGACAAAGUAUCAUUUGGAAGAUCUUUUUGCGCAUUUGGCAAAAAGUCAGAAGGCGUCGCACCAGUCCACAACAAUCAACAAGUGGACCCGCUUCCUUUACGCUACAACUUUACCUUCUCUGAGGGAAACUGGAUGGAAGCAAGUGGUCACGAAAUACGAGGAUCAUUGCGAAGAGAAAGGCCAACUCUCAUCACAGAUUUUGAAGGGGAAGACUUUCAAGACUAGUGACAUCCCUUCUGAAUUGAGGACACACAUCAGUGACGCAGUGAAGCAGGGAAAGGACGAUAUCAAAAAAGCAGGUACUCUUUCCAACCAACGUGCAGCGGCUGCUACAGCGUGGGUCCUCCAGCAUGAGAAGACCAAUUUCUCUGCGGCCACCAUGUCAUGGACAGGAAUCUUCUUGAUGAAGCACCAUGUCUUUGUCAACACCAGCAAUGACAAUGUGCUGCUGUCCCUGGGGUUCAGGACGUGCGCUGCUCUUGGAAUCAAGCUGGUGACACACAACUUUGACGGAUCUGUCUACUUGACUGUUGACAAGCAUCCACCUUCAAACUAUCCGAGAUGGAUGUUCAACCACGCGUUGCCUGCACUGGAUGACCCCAGUGAACGUGGAUGGAUGCAUUUGCCUGUUGAAAUCCUACAUCCGUAUGAAAUCCCUGAUGGUUUGCGACUGAGUCACGGGGUGGUCAUGGCAGUGACUGGGGAGCCCCAACCGUUGAUUCCAGCUGCUGUCAAGGCCGGAAUCUUCUUGACUCUGGACAAUCUGAGGAGCUUAUAUGCCCGUUACAAGUUUAAGUUACCUGACUCCGGUCGGGGCAAGAACGGCGGCUACAUCAAGAAGGAUUGGGCCGAGGCUUUUGUUCAAUUCCUUCACCCAAGCGCAUCUGACUCAGAGAAAGCAGAGAUGGUCCGUUCGAUAGUUGGCCGUGAUUGCAACCACCUUCGGAAAUCCAAGGUGUCAGUUCACUGCGCUGAUAUCCUGCGGGCCUUUGAUGGCCUUGACAAGACUGAUCAGGCUGAAUUUAGUGAUUUGGUGGCAGUUGCAAAAGAUGAGCAACUGCUGGCAGACAGAAGGGAACGCAAUUCCAGAAAGGCACAGGCUCCAAAAGGAGACAUACAGCACGUCACUCCCAAGCUUCUUCGAAAUUUGUGUCCUCCAACUUCAGCGGUACGAAUCAGCAGACACCCAGUGCUGAAAAGAUAUCAGUGUUUCUACACAGGAAAAGAUGUGGAAUCCGGUGACUAA